AAAGCCUGAGCGGCAAGUGCGGCCCUAGACGUAAGACGGCAGUCAACAACUCCUUUUCCCCCGGUAAGCAGCAGCAGCAGCAGCAGCGAGGCGGCAACCGACGAGGAUCAAAAUAUGCCGGGGAAAGGUCCGCGCGAGCGUCGAUCCUUAUGGCUUCUACGCUAAAUGAAUCCAACAAAAUCCCUUUCGUAAUGCCCUGCUUUGACGGGGAAGAGUUGCAUGUGGAUUUGGAACUGAUGAAUGCUGGACUGGCUGCCAUUUCCGUGAAGGAACAAAACGCAGAAGAUACGCAAGAAGAGGCCAAUAUUAGGCACAGAAAUUCAUUCUGGAAUGUCCACCGUCCAGAAUUGUCUAAGCUAAGUUGGGCCGUCAAUCACACACUCAAGAACAUUGAAACUUACUUGAAAAAUCAUGCUGAAAAUCGAGAUGUUCGUAAUGAUUUGUUGAACUGCAAUAUCCCACCAGCAGAUUUUAACCAAUUGACAGUGAUUCAUGCAACUUCAGACCGGCAUGCAAGUUCUGAUCAGAACUAUUUGCUUACAUCCAAGCCGCAAACAAUUCAAUUCAAUGAUGACGAUUUAGCGUCACCGACAACAUUACACAAAAGUCGGGCAGAAUUUUGUGUCACUAUUGGGAGCAUCGAGGAGAAAUCAAUUCCAGAGACUUCUGAGCCCUCCAGCUCAAAAAUCAGUGAAGAGAAUACAAUGACUUGGAAUAACAAUAACAGAGCGAGCAAUUCUAAAGUAUGUAAAUAAAUAAAUGUUGCAUCGAAACUUAGUUUGUUAUGGCAAUUUUUGGUCUAACAUUUAGGGAAGUAUGCAAACAUAGAAAUGUGGUUACGCAAUCAGAAUCCAAAUAGGGACAGUCAGGAAAUUUUGAUAAACAACAUCCAGAUGGGAUAUCAAAUACUUCGUAAGAAAUAUUAGUUGCACUAAUGGAUGAUAUUGUAUAGCGUAGAGCAGAUCUUUAACUAUGGCUUGAGUUUCAAAUUAGUACAAAGAGAGUAUGUUAUACAUAUCUUUCUGGUGUCGCUAUUAUAAUUUUUUGUGGUCCGGAAAUCCGGAAAUACUACAAAUCUGUUAAUCUCCAACUCGUCGGUUUAUUUAGACUAUUUUUUAUCUAUAAUAAAAUUUCAAUAUUUAAAGUGUAAAUGUAAGCUUGUGAAUAAAUUCGUCACAGGGAUUUUGGCUGCAAAGUCUUGGUAGAUCUGCAGAUUUUUAAUUUUUCAUUAAUGCUAACUUAACUUGAGACGUAAUUAGACCGUUACUAAUUACAUCUUCCUUUCUGGCACAUAUGAAGGUCAUUACGUGAUUU